CGCUGUGAUAGGUUUUCGGUUGCGGAGGUAAAACGGUUCUUUUGUACCGACCGGUUAGGUCUGAUCGUAAGGUGUGUGCUUGGUGGACGUGGUCAGUGCCCCGCUCCUCAGCGAUCGCCACGAUGCCUUUGCAGGUUGAGCUGUGCCCGGGCCGACUGGUCGGCGGAGAUCAUCCGUGCUUUAUUAUCGCCGAGAUUGGCCAAAAUCAUCAGGGGGAUCUCGACAUUGCCAAGCAGAUGAUCCGGAUGGUCAAGGACUGCGGAGCAGACUGUGCCAAGUUCCAGAAAAGCGAAUUGGAGCAUAAAUUCAACCGGAGAGCUUUGGGAAGGCCUUACAUCUCCAAACACUCUUGGGGGAGAACCUAUGGGGAACACAAGCGCCACCUGGAGUUCAGUCACGAUCAGUACCGAGAGCUGCAACGAUACGCUAAGGAGAUUGGCAUUUUCUUCACAGCAUCCGGCAUGGAUGAAAUGGCUGUAGAAUUUCUGCAUGAACUGGAUGUUCCAUUUUUUAAAGUUGGAUCGGGGGAUACAAAUAAUUUCCCAUACUUGGAGAAGACAGCCCAAAAAGGUCGCCCAAUGGUGAUCUCCAGUGGGAUGCAGUCAAUGAGCACAAUGCAGCAGGUUUACAAGCUGGUGAAGCCCAUCAACCCAAAUUUCUGUUUUCUUCAGUGCACCAGUGCAUACCCCCUUCAGCCUGAAGACGUCAAUCUUCGUGUCAUAACGGAAUACCGCUCAGCCUUCCCAGAUAUUCCUGUUGGUUAUUCAGGUCACGAGACUGGGAUAGCCAUUUCUAUUGCUGCAGUGGCGAUGGGGGCCAAAAUAUUGGAGCGCCACAUCACUUUGGACAAGACCUGGAAAGGCAAUGACCAUCAAGCAUCACUGGAGCCCAAAGAGUUAGCAGAAUUGGUGAGAAGCAUCCGGAUGGUAGAGAAAGCCAUGGGAUCCCCAGUCAAACAGCUCUUGCCUUGUGAAGAAGCGUGCAAUGAAAAGUUGGGAAAAUCCGUGGUUGCCAAAGUCAGGAUCCCAGAAGGCACCAUGCUCACGUUGGACAUGCUCACUAUAAAAGUGGGGGAACCCAAAGGAUAUCCACCAGAAGAUAUUUAUGAAUUGGUUGGCAAGAAAGUCAAGGUCAAUAUUGACGAAGAUGAGACCAUUGUUGAAAAUGCAAUUGAAAAUCAUGUGAAAAAAAUGAAAUGCUGAGUGGCAUUAUAUAUUUAGCAAGGAGUCUCUUGGGAAGUGUGGUUGGCCAAAAUAUUAAUGUCCUAAUAUUUAAAGUUACAUUGAAGAUGUGUGGGAAAGUGAACCUCAGUGGGAUUUUUCUUUCGGAUAGAAUUUCAUUUCUCUGCCAUUCUGAAGAAUGAAAUACGGUAAUAUAUAUUUUUCUUCAGAAUGUAUUGCUGAGAACCUUAUGCUCAGGAAUGACAUGAUGUCCUUCCAGUUGGGAUAUUGCCCAAAAAGUACUGCAUAGCUAUGGAAAUGAUAUUUUCAUGGGAUUAAACAGUUCUAGUCCUAAUAAAUUAGACUUUUAGUGUGAAUUCAGGACAAGAACUGCAGUGCUGGCUGGGAAUACCACACAGAAUAUGUUUUUGAGUAAAUUCUAUGCUGCUGCAAUUUGAUUGUCAGUCUUCUGUCUUUAUCAUUAAGGUUUGGCUAUAAAGUAUAAAAUGUUUGCAAGGUAUACUUUAGAUUUUUAAAUCUUCCUUACAUGCUUCUAGGCUACCAAGCUUUAAAUAGCUUGUACAGACAAAUCUGAUAUUAUAAGGAAAACCUUAUCCCAAAACUGAGUUUAUCAUCAAUGGUUGCUUCUUUGAAAUAAAAAAUUAGGUUGGCUAUUAUAAGCAGUUUCUAUUGGGAAGCAAUUCAGUCAACAUGUUUAACAUGGCCCUGCCGUAAUUCUGUAUAUGAGGCUAGUGUUUUUGGUUGUAUCAUGUAUGUGCCUUGUAAUGAAUCGGGAUCACUCAAAAUGUUUUUAAUGAACUUAGCAUUUUUUAUUCUAUUAUGGUACACCAAUAAUUCACAUUUCAACCUUGACAAAUUUGGAUAAAGAAUGUGCUGAUUUAUGCUUGAAA